AUGCGCGUGUGUCGGGAGGCUCGCGCCUCCGCGCUGCGUGUGCCGGGCGCCCGCGCCCACGUGGGUGCGGCGGGGUUCCUUGGGCGCUGGAGGAGGUGCGCUGGGCGCCAACGAUGUACAACCAGCGAUGGAUGCCGAAGAAAACAAACACGCAAGCCAACGACCAGAGCAGUCAACACCAUCGGUGCGCUCAACGCCCAGCUGUCGACGCCCCCAUCGCCAGCGCUCUCCCCAUGGCCAUCGACCUCCCCAUCGUCCGGGAGAUCCCCAGCGGCGCGGGAGCCGGCGUGGAGGUGGCGCAUUCGAGGCUGUCGGCUUUAUGGCUCGUCGGUUGCGGCGGCGGCGGAGGCGGCGGCGGGGAGUCUGCAGCGGGGUUUCCCGCACUUAGUGAACUCGCCAGAAGACUACACCUCUAAAGAAGGACAGUUACAAAUGGUGCGAAUGGUUGAAGAUUAUAUGACGAACGAGGCCAUUGGAAAUUAUCCUAGCGAGCAUGUACUAUGACGGGUCACCAACAGGAACGGCAAUGCAGUAUUUCGCAGCUGAAGACAACGCAGUGCAAUGCAGCGCGUCUUUCUGAAGAGCAAUAUUUAGCAUCAUUCAUUGUCACCAAAAAAUAACAUUAAAUGUACAAAUAACUCGCAACUGCGCAUAUCGAUGGAAACUGAUCAAUGAAUAAAUUCGUUUUCUCCAAA